CAAAGCUCUUCAGAAAUGCCAUCAUGGAAAAAAUAUGCGAGAAUAGUGUUACCUCAUAUCGGGCUUAUAUUACUUUCUAUUUUAUAUAUCUUUGGGGGUGCACUUGCAUUCUAUCAACUCGAACGUCCAAAUGAGAUACAAGUACGCAAGAUGAACCUUCAAAAAAUUGACCACUAUCGCAAAUAUAUGCUUAAUGAAUUAUGGAUUAUGGUGAAUGAUAACUCAACUUCGGACGAAGAAGUUGAACGACUUACCAUGGUUCACUUAGAUCGAGUUACGAGAUUGUUAUUUGAUGCCUUUGACACUCAUUUUAUAACUUCAUCACAUUUAAACGAAUUUGCAAAUGAUGAUGAAUGCACUUGGACACUGACAACAGCGCUGUUCUUUACCACAACUUUGUUGACAACUAUCGGCUAUGGUAACCUGGUGCCAGUAACAGUGAAUGGUCGCAUGUUCUGUAUCGCUUAUGCAUUGUUUGGAGUUCCGUUAAUUCUAAUCACAGUAGCAGAUAUAGGAAAAUUUUUGAGCGAAAAUAUCGUUUGGCUUUAUACAAGGUUAGUGUGUAUACCAUUUUCAACAUAUUUAAAUAUUCGAAAUCACAUUUCGCAUCAAAAAAAGAAACGAGAAUUUUUUAAAAUAACAUUUUUUAAAAAACUUGUCUUGAAUUUAUUGUUUAAAAAACUUUCUCAGACGAAUUAA